CAAGCAAGACAACAAUUGGCUGCGACUUAUGUCAAUCAUUACUAUCGCAUUCAGGAAAUCCCACCCCAAAGGUUUUCAUUUCCGGUUGUAUUUGAAGUUGUCCGUCAAAGUGGGAACGUCCAGAAACAUACCGUCACGUCAAGUUGCCUAAAUCCAUGGUCCGAAGCAACCAGAGCGUUUCACGUGACAGCUCUUCAACAUGGCUGACAAUCGGACUCCAACUUUGAAUUUCAACAUCGGGGUGCUCGGACAUGUGGACAGCGGCAAGACGUCGCUGGCUCGGGCGUUGAGCAGCACGGCGUCCACGGCUGCCUUCGACAAGAACCCUCAGUCCCGCGAGAGAGGCAUCACCCUGGACCUCGGCUUCUCCUCCUUCACCGUGGACCUCCCCGAUCAGCUGCGGGAGAGCGGUGACCACCGGCGGCGGUAUGACAACCUGCAGUUCACCCUGGUGGACUGUCCGGGACAUGCCUCUCUCAUUCGGACCAUCAUUGGAGGGGCGCAAAUCAUUGACCUGAUGAUGCUGGUGGUGGACGUGGUGAAAGGGGUCCAGACUCAAACAGCUGAGUGUCUGCUCAUUGGAGAGCUGACCUGUCCUCGCAUGGUCGUUGUGCUGAACAAGACGGACCUUCUGCCAGCCAACAAGAGACAGAGCGCCAUCGAGAAAAUGACCAAGAGACUGCACAAAACGCUGGAGAAGACCAGAUUUAAAGACUGUCCAGUGAUUGCAGUGGCAGCCAAGCCCGGGGGCCCCGAGGCUGCCGACACAGAGGAACCACAGGGGGUGUCUGAAUUAAUUGAGCUAUUAAAAAAGCAGACUUACCUCCCACGGAGAGACCCAGGAGGCGACCUGCUCAUGGCUGUGGACCACUGCUUCUCCAUCCGUGGCCAGGGAACAGUCAUGACUGGGACCAUCCUGCGGGGGUCACUGGCCAUCAAUGACACCAUAGAAAUUCCAGCCUUGAAGGUGACUAAGAAGGUAAAGUCGAUACAGAUGUUUCGGAAGCCAGUGUCGGGGGCCAUGCAGGGGGAACGUGUGGGUGUGUGCGUGACACAGUUUGACCCAAAGUUGUUGGAGCGCGGGCUCGUGUGCACCCCGGGCUCCCUGCGCACCGUCUUUGCUGCUGUCAUCUCCGCCAGGAAGAUCGGCUACUUCAAGGGCUCCCUCAGCACACGGGCCAAGUUCCACAUCACGGUGGGACACGAGACCGUCAUGGCGAGGGUGACGUUUUUUGGCCUGCUGCCAGACACGCCACAUCCAGAGCCCUGCUCGCUGGAAACGGCCUUCACCUUCGACAGGGAGUACCUCUACCAGGAAGGCUAUGUCACCGGCCAGCGAGAGUCCAGUUCAGGACCCGAGCCAGAGCAGUGGGCACUGUUGGAGUUUGAGCGGCCUGUCACGUGCCCCUUACUCUGCCUGGUGAUUGGCUCCAAGCUAGACACGGACAUCCACGCUAAUGCAUGCCGCUUGGCCUUCCAAGGGCGCCUGCUGCACGGGUUUGAAGAUAAAAGCUACGCUGAGACGGGCCUCCCUCGCCUGCUCAUCUACAAGACCAAACACAGGGAAGGGCAAGUGGAGAGGGUGACGGACGACUACACUGUGAUUGGCCGUAACCUGUUCAAGAAGGAAACGAACUUGCAGAUCUUUGUGGGGCUGAAGGUCACGCUGUCAACGGGCGAAACGGGCGUCAUCGAGGGCGGGUUUGGACAGAGCGGGAAGUUCAAAAUUCGAGUACAAGACUUUUGGGGCUCGGCAGAUUGUUUUCAGGAUGUGGUGAGAGUGGUAGGGCUGACAUCUCUAGUCACAUUCUCAGGAUUCCUCUGAGGAUUGCCUGUGUUCCGGGGGAAAUCUGUUCUGUAUUUAUUUUACCUUCUGUUGCUCCAAACCCACUGCUCCACACCGGGAGGGGAGAGAAAACAAAAACAUAUCAAAAAGAGCGCCUCACCUACAUCCUCUUCACUGACACGCCCACACACUCACGCGCGCACACACGCAGACACACACACACACACACACACAUAGUCUUGGGAAAUCGUAGUGCUGGUUACUGUGUUUCAAGGAACAGUACUUUUUGUUGAGUUUUUAUUACACAAUACUUAUUGUGAUCUUUUUUAUCAUCUCACACUUGACAAAUACCCCAAAUAAAAAAAAAAUAACAAAAAAUUCUCAAACUAAUAAAAACUAAACUAGAAUGAAAUAUUAUAACCCUGCCCUACUGCGGGGCCAAUGCCAACGCCGAAUUUCAUUACUUUAAACGACAUUGGGUGAAAAUGAGGCUGCAUGUUGUACCCUUAGUCCAGAAAAGUGAAUGUGAACUGCAAAGUGUAAAUGUAACUGACACAUCGGUGUAAAGAAAUACUGAUUUAAAGAUGGCGUCUUUCAAGCAAUCAGCGUUGAAGUCGACUUUCGACAUCCACAAUGUUGUGUUGCAUGCUUAUGUUGUGGGGAACUACACAACUUAUUUGUUCUACUCGGUCUGCUUGGUUUUGUUGUUUUUUUCCUUUAUUUUCUCAUAGUAGUCCUUUAUUUAUUUGGUUGUAAAUUGCUUUUUCACAGGACAGUCUUUAUAAUCUACUGGUAACUUUGGUUGCUAUAAUGAUAAUAAAACAAAUGCAUUAUGCCUUUAUAAUAGACAACCAACCACGUCCUCAAAAUAUUCCUCCCCCAUCUGCAGUUGAGUAAAUAAACUGCCCUGGCCCCUAUUUGCGGAAAUGCGGUAAGAUGUAUAGUGUGUGAGUGUGAAUCUGUCACGGGCUUUUGCUAAUAGUGCAUCACUAAUAAGGAAGCAAGCUUUUCAGUUGAAUGUUUCAGAGCAAAAUUAUCACUCCUCUGUCAUGAGAGAGACAUUUUUAUUCCCUCCAUGUAAGGUAGAUGAUGAACUUGUGUUGUCUGUACACCAAAACGACAUUUUUGGAGGCCUUUAUUUGUGCCAAUGUAUUUUUGGGGAAUUAUUAAAAAAUGUUACGAGUAUAUUUCAAUUUAUGUCAAGUAAAACUGGACUUUAAAAAUUAAAUAGAAAAGAAAUACCACGAAAUGGCAAAGACAAUACUGUGGAGCGAUCACAUCAGUGUCUACUCGAACGCUCAUGGUCUCCACAUAAAAUAAGAUCAUCUUUAGUACUGCGCAGUGAGCCCGUUAACAACAUGCAGUAAGACUCUACACCAUCUUUUUACAUCGGUAGGUUCUGUUGUUUUGGUCAGCAACAGCAUUCAAAAUGGGCUCAACUGUGUCACGACAUCAUGUCUAACGACAACAUCUGUGAACUGACAUAAUUACAGUUACUGCCCAUUUUGUGAUGGGGGCACAGCUAGAAUAGUGGGCAAAAUGUGGCCCGGGGUCCACACAAGGCUGUUCUUUAAUCUGGCCCACCGAACAUGUAUAUUUUCAAAAUUCUGUAAUAUUUGUUGCAAUGUUACCAUUUUUUCCCAAAACUGGUUAAAUACAAUUUAUUUACAGUGGAACCUCGGUUUUUGAUUAAUUCAUUCCAAAAAGUCUGACUAAAGCCAAAUCGUACAAAAACUAGAGCAGUAUUUAUAUGUGAAAUCAAAGACUCUUGAUGGUGUUGACAGCGAGAAGGAACGAGGGAAGGUAAGAGGUUAUUGUUUGGAAGGGGAAUCCACCAUUUUUGUACUUAGCUACGAGUUCUCUCUUGAAUUCUCUUGUGUUUCUGGUCUUCGUUAUAAAGGACCGGCACUGAGAACUUUCUUUGGCCGCAUGGUGCCUUAUUAAAUAGUCACGAUCAAUAGAUAAGCAAAGAAAACAUCAAAAUGCUUCUGAUGAACGUGCGAUGUGAUGCUCAGUGUCGCUCACUAGUGAGAGGAGGUGCUGCAUUCUGUAACACAGCAAUGUCUCACCAAACUAAAAUUCAGAUGACAAAAUAUGACAUUGACAAAAAAAACAGCAAGCACUAAAAGCAUGAAACUAUUUUACAUGGACAUUUUAUUUAUUUAUCUAUUUACCUCAUCUACGAAUGACUUGGCCCAUGUGUUGUUUUAAAAAAAUUUGAAAAACAGAGUGCCUACCCCAUGAUAUGUUUAAUUUAGAGAGAAGAGGACUCUACUUUGUGUUUGCAUGUGAACACAAGUUCAUUCAAGUCUGUGCACGCUGGUGUAGCCACAGCUAGCAGAGAUAUCGCACAGCGCUGGCUACAAGCAUAACAACCCUUACAUUGGCAUAAUGAUAACAACAAGAAUGCUGGCGCCAUUAUGCAUGAGGCCAGACAGACAGUGCGUUAAGCGAUGAAACCAGAACAUCGCUUACCUUCCGUGUCCAAAACCGCAGACCAAAUUAGCAGCCAGUUUGAACAGAGGGCACAAAUAGAAAGACAGAGGGGCAAAAAUGUGACUCAGCAUGAGGAGCGUGACGCACUCGCUCAUAGUUCUCAGGGAAUUAAGGUCAAGGCAGACAGAAGACGGGGGGCACACAGUUGGAGUGAAUGUCGGGAUCCUCCAGAUGUCUCCUUGACGAACAGAGACCUGUUUUUCUGAACAUUUUCAGCUGUUAAAUGUGAAGAAUGAUUGCUGCAGGUCACGUGGAGGAAAGCACAUGUGCUUCUGUGAAUCUGGUGAUGAACUUCACAAAAAUACAAAAGUUGUAUCAAAAA